ACUCUAACACAAGGUACAAGAGCUGAUCAUAAUGUCAGACGAGUAUCUGUGGUAUGAAGGGAUACCUUUCCCUAUCUUGGGUUUCAUACCUGAACUUCUGAGAGAAGCAUGGGAGACAUUUGUGUUUAAGGAUGAUGAUUUCUUGAUACUGACUUACCCUAAAUCAGGAACAAACUGGUUGGUUGAAAUUCUCUGCCUGAUUCACUCCAAGGGGGAUCCCAAGUGGAUCCAAUCUGUGCCCAUUUGGGACCGCUCACCCUGGCUAGAGGCUGAGUAUGGGUAUAACAUACUGAAGAAUAAGGAAGGCCCCCGACUCAUCAGCUCCCUCCUCCCCAUCCAACUCAUCCCCAAGUCUCUCUUUAGUUCCAAGGCCAAGGUGAUUUACCUCAUCAGAAAUCCCAGAGAUGUUCUUGUGUCUGGUUAUUUUUACUGGAGUAUGUUGAGUUUUAUUAAGAAACCAGAGUCACAAGAAGAAUAUUUUGAAUGGUUUAUCCAAGGAUAUGGUGAGUGA